AUGCAAGACGCCUUGACGGCUCGAAAGGCCGAGAAGAUCCAAGGGUAUGCGAACCGCAAUGAACGGAAGGACCCCUUCGCUGUGAUCAAGGCUGUCUGCGGUCCCACAGCCAAAGGGACUGCUCCUCUUCUCACCGCCGACGGAACCAUCCUACUCACUGAGAAAACGAAAACUCUGAAGCGAUGGGCCGAGCACUUCAGAAAUGUCCCCAACCGCUCCUCCACCAUCUCCGACACCGCCAUCGCCCUUCUGCCUCAAGUGCAGACCAACGCCGACCUCGACCUCCCGCGCUCUCUACACGAAACCUUCAGGGACAUGCAGCAACUCUUCAGCAGGAAAGCGCCCGGAUCGGACGCGAUCCCAGCUGAAAUCGACAAGCACGGUGGUCCCCAACUCAAAAAUCAUCUGGUGUUGCUCUUCCAGGCGAUGUGGCGCCAAGGCCAGUUUCUCCAGGAUUUCAAGGAUGCCACAAUCAUCCACCUCUACACGCGGAAGGGGAACCGCCAACUCUGCGUCAACUGCAGAGGAAUCUCGUCGCUCAACAUCGCCGGAAAGGUCUUCGCUCGCCUACUCAUCAAACGCUUCAAGGGCCAUCUAGAACAGGGACCUCCACCGUCACUGUGA